GCGUUGAUGAUCUCUCCAUGGCGGUGACGGAGAACGUGUCAAGCUGUUCGCUGAGUGCGAUGUGGGAGUGGUCACACUGGUCCCAUUCUGGAACCCCUCCGGCCGUGUCCCUGUUGGACGGAGCCGCCGACCUCCUGGUUCUAGAGAGGAAUUUUUCCGGUGCCCUCGAACUUUGUGAGAGGGGCUUACAAAUCAUAACAGCCGAGGCUGCAGAUACAAGAUGCGAGCAGGUAAAAGCCUCUCUCUGCGUUGUCGGGAUUCAGGCUCUUGCGGAGCUGGAGCGAUGGAGGGAAGUUCUGCCCUGGGUUGUCCAAUAUUACAGAAGCCCCCAGGAGAUACCUCACAGUGUGAUGGAAAUGUGCCUCCUGCUGUACAGCCGGGUGAAGGAGCCGCGUGUGAUGGUGGAUCUGAGCAGGACCUGGCUGAGCGAGAGGUCAAACCGGCGGCAGCCCGGGUACACGCGUGUCGCCGAGCUCCACGUCUUGCGUGUUCUGCUUCCGCUUGGGCUGCUCUCGGAGGCCGAGGAUCUGGCUAAGGACCCCGGCGUGUUCGCUCCGCAGCAGCAGACGCUGGCUCUUAACGCGAUAACCGAGUACAGGAGGCGUUGGGACCAAGAGGGCGACCGGGCAAAGUCCGAAGUCGCGCACGAUGAGCAGGCGGCAUCGGAGACCGAGAGGGGCACUGGUAACUCCAAAGCAGCGAUCCUGAGCAUAGCGCGUCUGCUGUACGGCUCCCUGAGUUUGGCCGCGAGACGUAUUUGCAGAGUGCCUUUCAGGCGGGUUAUUCUAGCCUUCCUCCUGAUCGCUGUCAUCUUACUGCGAUUGGAUCCAGCUUCCCCCAUAUCCCAUGGGCCGGUGUUUCGUCUUCUUCUGCUGAUCAGGGAAGGAGUCUCCGGUAUUUUCCAAAGCUCGUCCAGCCCUGGAACGAAGAAACAUUAAAGAGCAGAAGUCAACGGAACUCGAUUAUUGUGAUUACUGCAACUGAUUAAAGUCGGACCUUUCUGCAGAAGGGAGACACCUUGCGUUCGCCCGAUCUCUCGCCGGUGAUAAUGUCAGGGAAGUCGCCGCGCUGCUGAACUCCAACAAAGAAAUCUGUACAGUCUGCUAGAAAAUGUAAAUUUCGGGGCUGCAUGUUCCUAUCUGCCCGUGUCUGCCUGCCCAGACCCAGUGCACUACAACUACUACUACUGAUGCCGCUGCU